CCUCCUCCUCCUCUGUUUCUCUCUCCAUCAUCUUUUCUUUUCAGUUUAUCAUCAUGGAGAACGAGUCGGCGAUCUUCAGGGAUGGGCAGGGCAGCUCCCAGAAUACAAUCUGAAACUCUGAGACCUCUCCCUCCCCUGCAGGAUUACUACACUUUAACUACAGUAUUACUACACAAAAUACUUUGUAGUUUACUCUGAAGCAUUCUACAAGAGGAACUACAAUAUAAACUUCUCCGUCUGCUGCAGAAAGUACCCAUCCUGCUGCUACUACAGGAUUACAACACAUCACAUCUUCAUCCAAUCAAAACCUAACAGAGACGCAGGAAGCAGGCACCCCAGGCUGCACCAGGACCCGAAACCAAAGAAAUCACUGGACCAGGGAGCCAAACCAAAGCAGGGCCAAGCCAGACCAGAAGAGACCAGUAGAACUCAGUAAAGGAAAACUGGAAAAGUUUGAUGGGACUCCUGACGAUAGCCACAUGCCUCUGAGUCCGGCUGCUGACACCAAACAUGAUCGCCCGCGGCAACAGGCGGUUACAAACGGCAACCCGACAGGCUCUGCUGUUGCCAGGGACGACGAGGGGGAGGACACACCCACAGGAAACAGCAUCGUCGUCCGCAUCGGCAUCCCGGACCUGCAGCAGACGAAGUGUUUGCGGUUGGACCCAGAGUUACCAGUUUGGACCAGUAAGCAGAGGGUUCUGGUGACGUUGACUCAGUCUCUAUCGGAUGUUUUGAACUAUGGUCUCUUCCAGCCGGCGUUCAACGGCCGAGCCGGAAAGUUUCUGGACGAGGAGCGGCUGCUGAAGGAGUAUCCUCUCCCGCCCAUCACGCCCAUCCCAUACCUGGAGUUUCGUUACAAGAGGAGAGUUUACACCCAGAGCUACGUGGACGACAAACAGCUGGCAAAGCUGCACACCAAGGCCAAUCUGAAGCGCUUUAUGGAACAUGUUCACCAGAAGAAUGUGGAGAAGGUCUCCAAGUGGUUGGAAAAAGGCCUGGACCCCAACUUCCACGACUCUGAGACCGGAGAGUGUCCUCUGACCCUGGCCGUGCAGCUGGAGGAGAGCUGCGAUCUGAUUAAAGUUCUUCGCAAUGGAGGAGCUCACCUGGACUUCAGGACCAGAGACGGCAUCACCGCCCUGCACCGGGCCGUGCUCUGCAGGAAUAGCGCCGCCCUCACCACUCUGCUGGACCUCGGGGCGUCUCCGGACUACAAGGACAGCAGAGGCCUCACGCCGCUCUAUCACUCGGCCAUGGUGGGCGGCGCCCCCUACUGCUGUGAGCUGCUGCUGCAGGACCACGCCACCAUCGGGAUGACAGAUGAGAACGGGUGGCAGGAAAUCCAUCAGGCAUGUCGCUAUGGCAACGUGCAGCACUUGGAGCACCUGCUGUUCUAUGGCGCCGACAUGAGUUCCCAGAAUGCAUCAGGAAACACCGCACUGCACCUCUGCGCUCUGUACAACCAGGACAGCUGCGCCCGAGUGCUGCUGUUCAGAGGAGCCAACAAGGACAUCAAGAACUACAACAACCAGACGGCCUUCCAGGUGGCGAUCAUUGCCGGGAACUUCGAUCUGGCAGAAAUCAUAAAGAUCCACAAAUCUUCUGACGUUGUUCCCUUCAGAGAAACUCCCUCCUAUACGAAGCGGCGCCGGGUGGGCGUGACCCGGACGACGGCGGGAAACGGCCUGUCAUCUCCUCGCUCCCUGAUUCGCUCGGCCAGCGACAAUGCUCUGGAAAGCCCCGCCUCCUCACCUGGUCCCUCCCUCCAAAGCCUGGAGACGCACCACGACACUCACACGCACUCGCUACGCCGACACACACGCCGACUCAGCCCCAGCGGUGGAGGUCAUGUGGAGACCAGUCCUCCCUCCUCACCUCCCCUGACCCCACAGAUGAGGAAGAGGAGGCUGUACAGCGCCGUGCCGGGACGCACCUUCAUCGCCACCCGAUCCCACGUCCCCCAGGGGCCCGGAGAGAUCCAGCUGCACCGAGGAGAGCGGGUCAAAGUUCUCUCCAUAGGUGAAGGAGGAUUCUGGGAAGGAAGCGUUAAAGGCCGAACCGGCUGGUUUCCUGCCGACUGCGUUGAAGAAGUCCAGAUGAGACAAUAUGACCCGAGACUGGCGACGAGGGAGGACCGCACCAAGAGACUGUUCAGACACUACACUGUAGGAUCCUAUGACAACUACACCUCCUACAGCGACUACGUGAUCGAGGAGAAGACGGCCGUGCUGCAGAAGAGGGAAAGCGAAGGAUUUGGCUUCGUCCUCAGAGGAGCUAAAGCUGAGACGCCCAUCGAGGAGUUCGCUCCGACCCCGGCGUUUCCCGCCCUUCAGUACCUGGAGUCAGUGGACCAGGGGGGCGUGGCCUGGAGGGCGGGACUACGGACUGGAGACUUUCUCAUCGAGGUGAACGGGACCAACGUGGUGAAGGUGGGUCACCGGCAGGUCGUCUCUCUGAUCCGGCAGGGAGGAAGUCGCCUGCUGAUGAAAGUCGUCUCAGUUUCCAGGAAAUCUGAAACCAACCUGAUCAGGAAGAAAGCUCCGCCCCCUCCCAAACGAGCCCCCAGCACCUCCCUGACUCUCCGAUCCAAGUCCAUGACAGCUGACCUGGAGGAGAUAGAGAAACUGGAUGAGAUGUUGGCUGGAGGUCAACAGGAAGUUGUCUUGAGGGGCCGCCCAUCGGACGAUUUCAGGGCCGCGACGGUGAAGCAGAGGCCGACCAGCCGACGAAUCACACAGGCUGAGAUCAAUUCGCUGUUCGAACGUCAAGGUCUGGUGCCGCCUUCAGCUCCAGAAAAGAGCACUAUGGCUUUACCCAGAGGGAUGUCCAGAACCAAGAGUUUUGGCACGCCGGAGGACGACAGAAUCACAGCUCUGAUCAAUGAAAGUCGGUUUCCACGGAGCUCUUCGCUGACAGACAGCUUCAUCCCUCCUCCCCCACAGACAGCCCCGCCCCCUCCCCCGUCUGCAUCCUCUACCUCCUCACUCUUCAUCCUCGACUCUGGACCUCCUCCUUCUUUUCUCCCUCCCCCUCCGCCGGCACGAGGGGACGGACUGACCCGCUCUAGUUUCAAGCCGGGGGCGGAACCGAGGCUUCAGGAGCUCUCAGAUUCGCCAACGAGGAGUCACGCCCAUGCCGAGCGGCAGAGGAAAGCAAGGUCAAUGAUCAUCCUGCAGGACACGCCUCCACCACUGCAGCCUGAUGCUCACGGUGCCCCUGCCACUCACACACUUCAUACUGCCACGCACACUGCCACACACACGCUUCACACCGCCACACACACCUCCACGCUGUCUCUCCACAGCACUAGCCCCGCCCUUGGCCACUCACCUUUGUCACGCCGCCGGGGAAGACCAAUAGAAAACCCCUACGCUAAUGUGGGACAACAGGCUGCACCGACCAAACCCCAGAGGAGGAAGUCACCAUUAUUGAAACAACUUCCUGUAGAAGAGCAGGGUCUUGGGAUCAGAGAUCAUGAUUCAUCCAAAGAAGGAAGUGGACCCAGCAGCCCCAGUAGGGCGGAGCUAUACCAGCAGCAGGUUCUUUCAGAGCGCGCUCGGGUUCAGGGCCGCCGGUCGUCUCUCUUCUUGUCAGUGGAGGGGGCGGGGUCAGAAAAUCAGGCACCGCCACUUCUGACCCAGAGCCAUUCGAUGGAUGACCUUGGCGAGCUUCCCCCUCCAGCACCGGUCCUAUCACCUUCACCGACCCCUCACACCUUCCUCCACCCACUGACGGGGAAGCCUUUAGACCCGUCCUCUCCACUCGCCCUGGCUCUUGCUGCAAGAGAGCGAGCGCUCACCGCCCGCACACCGAGCCCUGAGCCUCGGACUAAACAUGCUUCCGCCUCCACCACGCCCAUCCCCACCCCAGCUGCCAGUCCUGAGGGCAGACACAAGCGAACUCCCAUCACCACCCCGCAGAGCAGCCCUGAGCCACGAUCCAAGCGCACCACUCCUCAGACAAGCCCUGAGCAGCGAACCAAACGCACUACUCCUCAAACUAGCCCUGAGCUGAGGCAUAAACGCAUAACCCCACCCCUUUUCCCUGAUGGACAAGUAGAGCGGCCAGAAACAGAGGGAGGAGUGACAUCACCUGCCGCCCCCUCCCCUGAACGCUGGAGACCUUCCCCUUUGCCCCCACUGGCCAAUGAGGCUCAUUCUCCUCUGAUUGACAGGCGUAGAAGCCUCACAGUGGGUAGUUCAGAGGAGGAGGGAGGGGCUUAUACAGUGACACUCCCACCUGCCUUGCUAUCAUCCAGCGAUGAAGAAACUAGGGAGGAGCUGCGCAGAAUUGGUCUGGUGACUCCUCCUCCUGCCUUUUCAAGUCCUCCCGCUGCUCCUCCCCCAUCCUCCCUCACCUUGUUGCCACGACGAUCUGGGGAGGGAGGGGGAGGAGAAAGCGGUCCUGAAUCUUUGGGUAGAAGAGGAGAUGAGGAGGAAGGAGGUGACGAAAGGCUCCAUGACAGCUCCUCCUCCCCUAGUUCACUCCCACCUUCCAUCACCCUGGCUUCCCCUCCUGCUCCAUCCUCCCCAUCUUCCCCACCAGCUACUCACCCAUCUCCUUCAUCUGCCGCCACUUCCCCAUCAGGGCUGAAGCCUCGUCUUCGUUCACCUAUAGGUCGGGGACGUUCUGCACUCCGGGACCCCCUAUUGAAGCAAUCAUCGGACAGUGAGCUCCUCCCCUCUGCUGCAUCUUCAUCCUCCCCCUCCUCCCCACUUUGCUCCUCUCCCACCAGUGGUGGAGGCCGACAGCCACGCUAUUUGUUCCAGAGGAGGUCCAAGUUGUGGGGCGGUGGGGAUCAAGACCGAAGGGGCCUCAGUCCAGAGGAAGGGGCAGGCCGUCCAGCAGCACUGGGAGGCCAGGGGUCAGGAUCAGCUAUGGAUCUGACCAGCAGGUCGGCUUCUGCGCUGGAGCUGAGUGGCAGGGCAGGGUCUGGACUGGAUCUGGCUAAUCGGCUACAGCUGCUCAACAAAGACAGCCACUCUCUGGGGGAGGAGCCAAGCCCCCUCGAUCCAGGCCGCAGGUCACCAGUAGGAGGUGCCAGGUUGUUCUCCAGUCUCGGUGAACUUCACACCAUCUCCCAGCGAGGAUACGGCGCCAGCUAUACAGUCCGACCUGGAAGUCGCUACCCCGUCACCCGCCGGAGCCCUUCCCCUUCUCCGUCACCUUCUGAUAGGUCAAUGGGGCUUCCCUCUACUACCGCCCCCUGCUCUGAAAGGCCAGAUCUGAGCUCUGGUCGUGGUCUAACCAUCCUUAAGUCCUCCAGUCUCAGCCUCCCCUCAGAACCAAAGGAGGUUCGGUUUGUGAUGCGAAGCGCCAGUGCACGAACCAGAUCCCGUUCCCCUUCCCCUUCACCCCAUGCCUCGCCCUGCCCUUCCCCGGUCCUUAGCGGGCCUUUGUUGUCCCUACGACCAUGGAGGCAGAGGCCCCUAAACCUGUGGAAUAAAUAUGAUGUGGGUGACUGGCUGGAGAGCGUGGGUCUGGCCGAACACCGCCAGCGCUUCCAGGACCACGAGAUCGAAGGCUCCCAUCUCCCUGCCCUCACCAAAGAGGACUACGUGGAGCUGGGAGUCACCAGACUGGGACACCGAAUCAACAUCGAGAGGGCGCUCAGACAGCUGCUGGAAGGUUCCACUUGACCCCUCACCUCUGACGACUCACCUCUUAGACAUCCUAAACUGUAACCUCAGACCCCUGACCUCUGGUCAGACACUAGGCCAUCUCUUUGAAUAGAAUAAUCUUAGCAGUGACUGAAUCUUUAGACCUUUUUACCAACAUCCAGCUCUUUGAGUGAUCUCAAAGAUGUUCUGGUUUAUCAGCUCUUUGAUCAACACAACAGGACUGGUAGCACCUGCAGACCUCUGAUAUUUUGUCUGCCUGUUAAUGUCUGCAUGGCCCAGAAACACUCCCAACCAAAACAGUCACAUCUCCAACUUUAGAAAAUCAUGACUGUGUAGAUUCAUUCUAAGCAAAUUUACCCUUAAAACAGACGUGGUAUACUUUUAUCAAUAUUGUUCAUUGUGUUAAUGUUUUUGACCAUUUUGAGAUGAUACAUUUAUGACAAUUUUUUCUGCCAAAAAUGAAACUAAAAUCAAAUAUAAGCUAAUAUUUUAAAUGAGAAGUGGAAUCAUUUUUAUUUAUAUGCAACAAUGAAGCAAUUAAGAGACAAUUAAAAAUCUGACACCAGCAAAUGAGAUUCACUGACUUUGGUCAUUAAGAUAAGCACAUAGUUCAACUUCAGUAUUUCAUUUGGGACCAAAAUGAAGUCUAUGCUCACCAAAAUAUUAUAUUUGAAAGCUAAGAGAAUAAUUCUUUUGAAAUGUUUCACCUCAUUCGGAGUUUUGAUCCAAAACUGAAAAAUUUAGCAGCUGCUAAAAAAAUGAAAACAUUUAACAUUCCCAACUAUUAAAUAGGAAUGUUUUCACACUCAGUCAUUUAACUUGAAAUUUGUUUAUUAAUAGUUUGUUACUGAGCAAAACCAACUAUUAAAACAACAGAAUUAAUUGACUUAAUCUUGUUAGCCUGACUCUGGUUUUAGGUUACGAUGGAUUUGAUUGGCUGUUAGUUAAAAUCAGUUUUGUCCAGACUGAUUUAUCAUCAGCAGAUGAAUAACCGUACUGACUUUCACUGCAAGUUACUAAUUGUUCCUGCAGUUUAUGAAUCCAUCAGUAAACACUAAAACGUCUGGAAACACUGGCUAUAAAACCAUUACCUGAAUUGGGGUCUGGAUCAUUAGAAACAGCUCCAGCCUCUCGUGGUGAUCAAAGAGCUGAUGUGACAAUCGGACUACAAACGCACCGAGACGGUCGUUCCCUCGCGCCGUUCUGCUUCCCCAGACGAGUUUAGCUGGACUUUUGCUAGCGGAGCUGGACGAUUAGCGAGCUGCUGGGAGUCUCCAGCGUAACACCGGGAGAUUAUAGCUGAGGAUGUUUGUCCGUCCUUUUCUUGUGACUUAGCUUUUCUUUCCCAAAUAUCACUCAUGAGGAAUUUGUGUUAAUUUUUGAGUUCAUACUAUCUUAAAGCAGAUCAUUUAGAAUUUAUGAAUAACAAGUAAUAAUAAUGUGGUGGUGAUGAGUUUAUAAGAGUCCAGAAAAUGACGUUGAGUUCCUUAUGAUUUGACAAUGAGUUGAAUUUCAAGCUCAUCUCGGUGAUGUUUUUGGAAUUCAUAAUGAUUUGUCAUUGAGUGUGACUUUGUGCUGAUGUGCUAUGUGUUUCAGGGAGAGCUGCAGCAGAGCUCCAACUGUAAACCUCUCUGGUUUCUAACCUGCUUAUCGAGGGCUUACUGUACACGGUGCUAUUUGUCUAAAGCCAUCUGUACAGAAAAUACUUUCCUCCUUCCCCUCUUUAUCUUCCUCAGCCUGAUGUCCAUUAAUUAGCCCCUGAAAUUAAAUCAAAGAACGACUUUCAGUAACUGGAACAGGCCAUAAAUGGAGCUUCCUCCCUGCCAUACUGGGGAUUUUUUAUCCCUGCCAUAUGUGGAGUUUCCUCCUGACCAUAUAUAGAGUUUACAUCCAAGUUGCCCUAAAAAAAAUUAACCAUCUAGUCAUUUUAUGUUAAUUCCUCCUCAUCUAAUUAAAUAAUUCACCAUGAAAUGUUUUCAUGCUAAAUGACAGUUAAAGUGCAGAGAUGAAGAGAAUCUUUAGUGCCAGAAAAGCAGGAUUUUAACCUUUAAGCUGUGCACCUGACAGACCAUCAUCAUUACAUAUAUCAGUACAGUUCAUCCCACACAGCUACAGACUCCAAAUCACUCACCGGCACUUAAUUUAAGGCAUACUUACAUUUAUCAGCAGUAUAUAAAUAUGUAAUAAAUGACUUCAGAUGCACUUUACUGCACGAUCAUGUUGGCACCAAUGAAUGGGGUUAAUUUAAUCGAGCAUAAAACAUUUUGGUUACUCAGACUUUAAUUUCAGUUAUAGCUGGCUCGGGCUCUGAUGACAGGAAGAGAACACAAAAUGCUUGGAAACACUUUGGAUUCAAAUUAAAUGGUCAAAAAAUCUAUGAUUUGAAUAUCAUAUUGGGAUCAGUCCUGACCGACACAAUCAUCAUUGCAGUUUGUGCCAUAGUGGGUCAGCCCCGCGAGAGGACCAGAAAUGGCAGGAAAAUGCACAGACUUAUGCACACAGGUGUAGUUACGCCUCCAAAUUCCAGCUUGAGCUGGAAAAAAAAACCUGCUGUGAGACAUUAAUUACAUGUUUAUAUGCUGCUGAUAAAUGUAAAUAAUUUAUUUACCUGCGAUGGAAACUGAAGAGUGAAUGUAGGCAGAGGUGUCGUCCAAUCUCCCAGGAAGCUCUAAGGUUGUGGAAUCACUGGCUGAUGCACUUUAUCCUGAUGUGCCGUUCACACCAAACGCGAAGCAAAUUUUCACCCCCCCCCCAGCAGCCAACAGGACGAGGACACGACCACCCCACGGGCAGAAACAAGUUACCAAUCAAAUUCUUUCAUGACUUUUUCCUCCAGACUUCUUCUUUCCUCUCUGUUUCUAAAAGUGAGGUUCAACCUUUCAGCUCCUGCUGCCCUCAGACAGCAGCAAUAAGCUCCUCCCUCAUUUCUGAUAAUCAGCGACAGAUCAGCUGAUGUAGAUUCGUCUCAGUUAUUGCACACUUUGAAUGUAUGCGUACUGUGUGAAAGCUUUGCCUCACGUUUGUUGUGAACGCACCUUUAAAGGGGACUUUUAUAUUUUUAUACUGGCACUAGACUAGAGUAGUUUUGCAGAGGUCAAAGUUGAAAAUAAUCCUCAUUUAUCUUCUGCUGGCUCUUUAUACAGCCCCUCAGUUCAUCCUGUCUGAAUCAAGCCGAUUUAGCUCCGGGCUCUUUCUUUGACCGCCCACUUUCCUCUGAUUGGCUAACUUCUGGAAGCCUGCCUAGGGGCAGCACCCAGUGCUUGUGAGCUGUCAGCUCUCACUGACUUUAACAGAUAAUCUUAGAAAACAGCUGGAAACAGUAUCCAGAGCAGCCUGAGGCCCGUUUGGCUCACAGGGAUUAUUUUUACAUGCAUUUGCAUCAUUAUGGGUUUAUAUAUGCACAUUCAGCAUCACAGCAUCAUACACGUGAGAGCAAAAUAAGGAGAGGUUCAAUAUUUUACCAUAGUGCUCAUAGUGAUAUCAUUAUAAUCUGUCACGCUGAGAAAGCAGACCCGUCCACAGUGUUUAUCCUAACUUGGCCCAAAGCCUGGAAACAGGGGGGAACUGUGAGCUCCGAUGGAAGUGUAAAAACAGCCCUUCCAGCUGAUUUCAGUGCUGCACUGUUUUACUUAAUGUACUAAAACCGAGAACAAUCACGAAUGCAACUCCAACAGUCUCAUUUUUUUUCAUCGUCUUUCUACAUUUGCACAAAAAAACAAAAAAGCAGCCUGUAAACUGCUGGGAGGCGGAUUUCUCCCACUUUCAUCCCUCAGAUUUACAUCGUGAAGCUGAACGUACCAGAAACUUUAACUUUAGUUCAGACAUUUUUCCCACAGCGACUCCGUCUUUCCUGAAUAUUUUAAUUUGGUUAAAAAGAAGACGUCGCC